UUCAGUGAGAUAACUCCUUGCAUGCAUUGCUGUUGUCAUAAAUUCGAUAGUAGCUAGUUCUUCAGUCAACUUUACCCAGAUUUCCGAUUUAUGGAGCUCGUUUUGGGCAUAGGACAUGUUAUAAGAAACAGUUAAGUUUCCGUUUUUAAAACUAUGGAUGUCCUUUCGCGCCAUGUAAUCAUGGAAAGUUCUUGAGGAAUUCUCUCCACCUUUUGUGUGAUCACGUUCAGCUUUUUUCUUGUGGAAUCUACCCUCAGAGUUUCACUGCGAUCGGGCGCAUGAAAUCAGUCAUAAUGUGGGGGAGAAACGAAUUUGAGGAUGGAUUUGAUACUUUUAAAACAGGUUCCAGUACCAGCCCUCCUGGAUGGGUCCCGGGGUGUGAGUCGCCAUGGCAGGGUACCUCCUCGGUCCCCGGGAACAGUAACCGUGGACGACGCCACAGCACGGCCUCCGACAGCGGUGAUACUGGCAUCGGCACGUCCUGCUCCGACAGUGCAGAAGACCACUCCAGCUCCAGCACCACCUUGUCCUUCCAGCCACUGCGCUCCCAGGGUGCCAUCCCCACGGCCCACAUCAUGCCCUCGCCCUCUUCCGGCUCCAAGCUCAGCACGGUACCCUCCCCUGGGGGCAGCCCCUGGUCCUCCUGCCAGCUGCCCUCGCCCCUCGACAGCCCCCUGGACAUGAAGGACCCCCGGCCCGUCCGCCGCUGGGCCUCCCUCACCCGCCUCAGUGUCCAGGAGAAGUCCAGCCCCGUGGGCCGGGCAGCGUACUGCACUGACCCCCACGGCUCCCUGGACAGAGGGGUGCUCUACGGUUACAGGCAGGACCCUCUGCGCCCCACGGACCCCUACCUAUCCCAGGGGCUCCACCUGCGCUCCCCAGGGGCCGAGGCCAGGUACAAGUACCCCCUAAGUACUAAGACAGACUCUCACUCUGCCUGCUCAUCCCCGCUCAAACCCAACACCUUAGACCUGACCUACAGUGCCUUACCGGAGACCAAGCACCCUGGCGUCGGGCUGACGGUACCCAGCCAGAGGGGCCUGCCGCUGGGCCACCAGGCAGUAGGAGGGUCCCCCAUCCAGCCGGCGGUGAGGACCCAGAUGUGGCUGAGUGAGCAGAUGGAGUACCGGCCUCCCGGACCUGGGCCAGAGCAGUGUGGGGGCUUGUCGGCCUGGCAACAGGAGCAGCAGCAGAGGGAGAGGCUACGGCAGGAGGUCGAGCUCAACCAGAUGCUGGGCGGAGCCUCCCUUCCUGUGAACACUCUGGUGAAGAUCAAAGAGGGCCUGCUGCGACAGAGAGAGCUAGAGAUUGACAGACAAAAGCAACAGAUCUUACAGCUCCAUGCCCGGAUCAGGGACAAUGAGCUGAGAGCGCAACAGGUCCUCCAGAGCCAGAAGGGGCGCUGUGACGACCCCUAUCUACUUAACGCUAAGGAGUCUCCAUAUGACAGUCCUGUGGCACAGCUCCAUCCACAGCUCCAUCCCCAGCUCCAGCCCCAGCCCCAGCUCCAUCCCCAGCCCCAGGUCCCAGAUAGGGUGAGCCAUCUGUGCUGUGACAAAGGGGAGCUGGGCCGUAAGCUGGCCGCUGCAGAGCUGGAGGUCAUUCACCUCAACGAGUUCCUCAAACAGAACACCCAGAAAUACACAGAGGACAUAAAGAAGCUGGAAGAGAAGAUGAAGACGCGCGACCGCUACAUCAGCAGCCUGAAGAAGAAGUGUCUGAGGGAGAGUGAGCAGAACCAGGAAAAGCAGCAGAGGAUAGAGACCCUGGAGAAGUACUUGGCUGACCUGCCCUCCCUCGAUGAGGUCCAGACCCAGGCCCAACAGCUGAAGGAGGUUCAGGGGAAGGCCCAGGGUCUGCAGGACACAGUGGCUUGUCUGGAGAAGAGUCUGGAGGAGGGCUGCACCGUACUGCAGGCGAAAGAGGACCUGAUUGAGACCCAGUGCAAGAGGGAGAAGGAGCUGGUGGCUGCUGUACAGAGCCUGCAGGAGAAGGUGGAGCAGUGUCUUGAGGACGGGGUCCGGCUUCCCAUGCUGGACCUAAAGGAGCUGGAGGUAGAGAACUCACAGCUACAGGAGCAGCAAGCCACCACCACCAAGCUGAUAGACAAUCAGAAGAACCAGAUUGAAAAACUCACCCUUGAGCUGACGGCUGUAGAGCAGAGGCUGCAGAAGGAGCGAUGUCUCUCCCAAGAGCUCCAGAAACAGCUGCAGGAGAAGGGCGAGGACCUGGCUUCACUCUCCAACACCCUCCACCAGAACCAAAGGCAGUUGGAGGAUGGCGUGGUGGUUGGUCAGGGCUGUGGGGACCAGGGGCCAGAGGCAGGGCCCCUGCUGAAGGAGAUGUCCCUGUGUCUGCUGGACCUCAAGGCCCUCUGUAGCAUCCUCACCCAGAUGACACAGGGCAAGGAGCCCAACCUGGCACUGCUACUGGGCAUCAAAUCGAUGAGCAUGUCAGGGGAGGAGAAUGACAACUCUCUGGUGGAGGACAGCUUGCGGGCCAAGCUGCUGGAGGUUGGCAAGCUGAGGAAGGACAUUGACGACCUGCGCACCGCCAUCUCUGACCGCUACGCACAGGACAUGGGCGACAACUGUGUGACGCAAUGACAAUGAUACACCAGCCAUGAGGGGCACCAACGCCCGUCUUCUCUUGUCACCGCCCAGCGAUGGCGUGCCCACUCCCUCCUUCUCCCCAGGGCUACGGUUUCACAGCCAGUGAGGACAGGAAAAAUCCUGAUUGGAGGACAACCAGGAAGAACAGCGUUAAAAAAUGAAUAAUAAACUAGAUACUGUGUCAAGAGGCAGUUUUUUCUUUUUUAUCCAGUUCUACGUGAUGGAGGUAUCCAUCUCCAGCUUUCUGAAUGUAGGAUCAAGCUGUGAAUAAAGUUUACAAGAAAGUCUUUUAAAUAGGAUGUUUUGAUUUUUCAAAUGUCAGUUGUGCUUCCUGUGUAAUAGAAUGAAUUCCUGCAUGAUCAUGUACAUCGCUUCAUGCACAGACUUAUUUAGACCUGGAGACCCCUGGCCUCAUAGAUGCACAGAAGGGAGUAUGAGCGUAUGUUUGGCCACUCCCACACAAUCUCACCGGCCAGUAGGAAACUGACUCACUGCUGCUGUCAAGUGCCUUCGUGUGUGACUGCUUCUCCACUAACCAGCUGUCCUCUUCCUAAGUCGUCUCCAACGGCAACCCAUGGCUCUCCUCUCACACAUCAUCUCCGCAACGUGUGUUGUCCAAAGACAAACUCCCUCAGCUGUUGCUCAUAGUCGCAAGUCGACACUGCGUAGUGGCACUUCUUCCCUUGGCUCCACAACAUGCCCACACUUCCACAACAAACUGGCCAACCAAGAUGACUGCUUGCGUUCCAUUUCAGUAUUUCCGGUUCCUUGUCAUUAUAGGCGUUUCUUCUGUGUGGGCCUUGUCAUUAUGGGCGUUUCUUCUGUGUGGGCCUGUGUGCAAAUGGUUCGGCAUUUGGGAAAUGAAUGGUUUUCAAUGGAAGAUUUCAGUGAUGUGGAUCUCCCCAGACUGAUUAUUUGGAUAGUUAUGUUUAAUGAAAAGGAAAUGACAGCAUGGCAAUAAUACCCCCAUUCAUAUUAUUUGCUGUUGUAUUGGUGAAUAUCUUAAGCAAUAUAUUAACCCAUCAGGUAAUAUUCAGGUGUUUUUCUAACCAAAUUAAAUUCAGGAAUUGUUUUUAGGAGCUCAAAAUGACUGUGGUAAGGUCAGGGCUUAAUGCUGCCUCCCAUGAGUUCCAUGGGCUACGUUUACACAGGCAGCCCAAUUCUGAUCUUUUAUCCACUAAUUGGUCAUUUGACCAAUCACAGAUCUUUCUCAGAGCUGAUUGUUCAAAAGAAAAAAAGAACAAAAUUGGGCUGUCUAAACGCAGCCAUAGACACCUAUUUGAUUGAGACUGUAGACCUAAUGCAAAAAAAAACAAAGGCAUCACUUCUACAGUGUAGGCACACAUUACAUUACCUACUGGGACUCGUAUCUUAUUCAGUCAAUAUAGGCCUCCAACCUCUACCACACAGUAGAGGGGGCUCUUUAGAGUAAUGGAUCCAUGGUGUAAUCAUUGGUUAUUCUGUUUUACUUCUUUGAUCGAUUGCUGUCGUUCCCACUAUUUGUCAUAGGAAUACUCCUCUUGCUUGAUCUCAAACUAAUUGGAAAGUGAAUUUUAGCGAGCCGGUCAUGACAACCAACACAUUACUGUUUGCUAUAAGGCAGGGUUUCCCAAACUCAAGAUUGAUUAUUUGAAUCAGCUGUGUAGUGCUAAGGCAAAAACCAAAAUGUGCACCCCUUGGUGUCCCGAGGACCACGUUUGGGAAACCCUGCUAUAAGGUUAUAAUGUAUCUACAGAUACUGUCAUUUAUCCUGGUGACAAAUGGUGUUAGAAAUGGUAAUCAGUUUAGAGCCAAGUAUAUUUAGCAUGUUUCGAAGUAACCGGUUUUAAAUGGACUUAAAUGUAGUUGUGCUAAGAACAAUUUACAUUGCAGAGUAUUCUAUUAUACAGUCGUAUUCCCAAUCUUUAAAAAAGGAAACGUGUAUGAACUAUGUAAAAUGUUUUGGCAGGUUAAGCUAAGGAACAAAGGUUGACUCAGGCCUAGAUUCAAACCAUACCACUGAAGAUCCGAGUUAUAGCGCCAUUUAAAUGUAAAGGCAAUUUCCGAUUGGGCUGACAUAUGCAGCGUUUACCAUGAUUGCAGUCUCUGCAAACAUUGCUGUUAAAUUGCACAGGUCUUCAGCAGUACAGAUUGAAUCUAGUCCUAAGUGUUAGAUGGCAACUAAUAUACUAUGCAAUGUCACAUGCACCAGCUAGCGCCUCCCAUUCAGUAGCAAAUAUGAAAUGUUAUUGUGCCUUUAAAUCUAUGCAGCAGAUAAGAGCGCCUGUAUAUCUCUAUUGACAUGUGUCUGGAGACAUGUAACUAACUAUUCUGCAUCAUAUGUAAAUAGGACUGAAGGACAUUAGGCUACCCUUUACACUGUAUGAUUACAGAAAUGCUAAGAAUAUUUAUAUAUAGUGCCACUCAGGUAAAGUAAAGCCAUAGCAGGCUCUUGUGAAACCUGAAGAAUGUACUCAGAUGCACAGAACAGUUAGGCACCAUGUAUGGCAUCCAUUGUGACGUGUAGGUCUAUGGUGAGGGUAUAGUGUUGUGCUCAUCUAAAGGAAAAUGGGUGUGGUUGUCAUGGCUGUGUGCACUGGACUAGGAGCCACUGGUUGGCUUUACUGUACAUAGGAAUUUCUCUGUAAUGUUAAGCUUUUAGUUUUGCAGCUAGUUUUUAUGAAUGCCAAAAGGUUUAUUUAUAUACAGUGUUCCUAAAAGUAUUUUUGAAUUUUUUAAGGCGUGAUUGUCAUUUGUACAGAUUGCAAAUAAAAUAUUUUUCUAUAA